AUGCUAUUAAAUGGAUUUACACUUGAAGUUCUAUUAAACGGUCAAUUAUUGAAAGAACAUAGUCUAAAGAACAAUGAAUUUUCUACAACUGGACCAUCUUAUACAUUGGAUGAAGUGACACGACAAAAAAAUUAUAGUGACCUUGAAACGUACGUUGCCGUUAAAGAUUUAAAUUAUUCUGUUAGAUUUUCUUCUACAAAUGCAUCCAUCUGGGCGCCUUUAAUGGCUUAUGUUUUCGUUGAUGGCGAAUAUGACUACACAUAUCGAGAAUUAUCAAGUUCUUCACCUCGAGAAAAGGAUAGUUUUUGGAACAAUACACUUAGUAAGAAAUAUUAUUUCAAAUUUAACCUUCCCCCAUCAUCUGAAAUUGAUAAUUUAGAGAUUCCCCUUCAGAGAAAGCCAUUUGGUGGAUUAGGUGCCAUUUCAAUUUAUUUUUAUAAGGCAAAGAUCAUACCUGAAAAGCCGGUUUAUAUACCCAAUUUUUCAAUAAAUCAAGUACAAGUACCCGAAUCAAAAUCAAUUAAGCUUGGUAUUAAAUUUACGACGGCAUUUGAAGAAGGUGAAGGAUAUUUUAAUCGACAAGCCGUUGCAACAAUGGAAAAACAAAGUGAGGAUCCGGUGGCCGUAUUACAUAUUCAUUAUCGUCCCGCUACUUGGCUUUAUCUCAAAGGUUGUGAUAUACCGAUAUCAGACCUGCCAAAUCAACUUACUCCAAGUGUUUCCGUUCCGUUGGAAGAAGUGAAACCAUAUUCUUUUGAGAUCAAUGAAGGAGGUUCUUCUGCCAAAAAGUCAAAGUAUAACAUUAUUAGGGCUGCAGUUGUUCAUUCAGAAAAUGUAAUCGAGAUCGCUGAUGAUGAAAAUAAAAUUAAAAUUAAAAAUGAACCUGAGGUCAUAGAUCUAGACAAUUAUAUACCAAAAAAUAAUAAACGAACUUAUACGAAGGAAGUUGAAGUCAUCGAGUUGUUGGAUUCUGAUGAUGAUGAUGAUAACCUUCCUUCCAAGAUUAUUCGUGUUGAUUAA